CGCGCAUGCGCAGCAGCUGGCGUUGUUGGCUGCUGUUUUUUCUUCUCCUUCUUCCGGUUCAGUCACUGCUUUGUCGUCAGUGCCCCCAACAGGAGGCCUGAGGAACUAUAUACAUAAUCCAUAGAGACUAUUAAUACAUUUACUUUACUUUACUUUACUUUACUUUACUUUACUUUACUUUACUUUACUUUACUUUACCUUACUUUCAAAGGUCAAAGAUAUCAGUCCUCUAAAUAUGUCUCUGAAAUAUGAUUUAAAUUUUUUAAAUCUUAUUUAAAAUGUAAUUAAAUUAAAUUAAAUAUUUAUUUAAUUUUAUUUAAUUUUUGUUUUUAAAAUUGUAUUUAAAUUUACACUUCUGUACAGUAUGACAACAGGACGUUCCACUCAGACCAGUGGUUGUUCAUGUUCUGUAAAGUACGAGAACAGGAGGUUCCACUCAGGUUCAGAUCUGAAGAUUUGAUCGACCUCAGAUUAAUGUUUCACUGAGUCUAUCCUCAGGUCACAUGAUGCAAAGUCCUGAGCUUUCUCCUCUUGAACAUCCUCGUUCAUCCCUGAACCAAUAUUGACUCGCUCAGUCUGCAGCCUGUUUCCUAACGUCAAGCUGCGCAGAGGCCUGACCGACGACAGAGGUCAGGUCGGAGGUCGUGUCUAUGUUUGCUGUGGUUAUGAUGCUUCAGCAGAGGAACGUGAAGAACCAGGAACAUUAAACAACGAGGAGCGUGAACAAACUUCUGAUGAUUCACCACCUGCGAAUCUGUCAGAGGUCGUGACCUGUCCACAUGUUCAAGUUUCACUGAAAAGUCUGAACAUGAACUCACACGAGACAAAAGAUCAACACAAAGUUAGAGACACGACAGGAGGAGCUUCACCAGGACUCCCCAGGUGAUGUCAUCUACCUGUGAUGUCAUCAACCUGUGACCUGUGGCCAGGACAGGGCGGUUCCCAGCCUGCAGUUCCCCCAGCCCGCCAGCAGACGAAAGAGGAGCUCGCGACAUCCACGGUACCGGGAGCUCAGACUGAAGCUCAGGAGAACCAGAGGAGAACCACAGUGGAGAACCAGAGGAGAACCACAGUGAAGAACCAGAGGAGAACCACAGUGGAGAACCAGAGGAGAACCACAGUGGAGAACCAGAGGAGAACCACAGUGGAGAACCAGAGGAGAACCAGAGGAGAACCCUCUGGUACGUGGUUCUCAGCUGCUGCAGGUGCGAGCAGUUUCCCGACGUCCUCUGGUUUGUAGCAGCAGAGAAGAAGAUCUGCAGGAGGAGCCAAUCACAGCGCUCGCGGCCCGUCAUGCCCUCGGACAUGGCGCUGCCUCUCUACCUUCCCAAAGAGGAGUUCGUCUUCAGGACGACUCCCUCGACACGUGAACCUGCUCCGAGGCGUCGACACUCUCACUGUGAUGACCGGGCCGAGCUCCAAGACGACGCGGGAAGAAGUAAAAAACAAGUGACGUUCGCCGACCACAGAGGUCUGUCUCUGACCAGGGUGAAGGUCUUCUCCCAGUUCAACGAUCCCAUCAACAUCCCCGCCAGCGUCCGGGAGGCGCUGAGCUCCGCCCGGUGUCCGGCGGCCGAGGAGGACAAGCUGGUGCUGGACUUUGCUCAGCCGUCCUCCGACUACCUGCUCUUCCGUCAGAGGCUGGAGACGGACGGCGUGAGUCUGGAGCGCUGCGUCCUGAAGGACGAGGCCGUGACCGGAACCGUCAAAGUCAAGAACAUGUCGUUCGAGAAGCGCGUGAAGCUGCGGGUGACGUUCGACACGUGGAGUAGUCACACCGACGUGGACUGUUCCUACGUAAAGGACGCGUAUCCCAGUUCGUACAGCGACACCUUCUGCUUCCUGGUGUCUCUGCCCGAGCUGCAGCGGCACCAGCGCGUGGAGUUCGCCAUCUGCUACGAGGUGGGAGGACGCCAGUACUGGGACAGUAACCGGGGCGACAACUACAAGAUCGUCUGGUCCUCGAUGAAGAGGAGUCGCACGGACGCCGGCAGCCGCCGCACGGACUCCGUUGCCUCUGGGAUCCACUUUGACCCGUACGGCAGCCCCACCUGCUCACACAGGAUCCUCCCCGAUUGGCCGAGUUACGCCGGAUACGAGAACAUCGGCCCGUACUACUGACGCGUACAGGAAGUCUGCUGAACGCCUCGUCUCUGAUUGGUCAUCACUGGGCACAUUUCAUCAUGAACAGAUCCAUUGUGUCAGAAAUAUUUGAUUGUGUACAGAAAAUCCUCACGUUUUUAUUAGGCCACGCCCACUCAUUUUAAAACUACACCAACCUUCAUCCUGACAGGCCUUAAGCUCCGUCCCCACACUGACACACCUGACAACACACAUCACAUGACCCCUCAGGUAUAAACAGGAAGUAGGUUGUCUCCUUUGUAGUCAGUUGCUUAGUAACAGCAGCGACGACGAUGAGGUGGAACAGGAAGUGUUAGUGACGUUGUGUCGUGACUGAUGAGAACCAAUCAGAGAAGAGAACCUGGGCGUCUCCGUAAUCGUCCGUCCAGAACUUUUACUGUAAAUAAAGUUGGAAAAGAAGUUGUCAUUUUAAAUGAUUAAAAUCUGAAUUCUUAAAGUUUGUGAAUCCAGUUUC